AUGUCAACAACACCCUCGCCAUCGAAACGGGCACGGCUGCCGACGUCCAACAUCCCGUCAGCGACGGCGUCACCGUUCGCUGGCAGCUCGGCGGCGCGCUUCACGGGUCCGCGCUCCGUCGGUCCCACGGGCACCUCGGCAGUGGGGAUGGGCAUGAGUCCGGCGGACGCCUUCACCCCCGGCGAUGUAUACAACAUGUCGGGACUCACACCAUUCAGCACCACGUCUCCCGCAUAUGCGGCGGGCGCAGCGGGCAGCCCACUCAGCACCGCGCUCGCCCACGGAUCGCGCGUCCUCUCCGGCAUCCAGGCCGGCUCGCCGUUCCAGAACCAGUACACCGCAGGCCCCACACCGAUGAUCCCCCAGAUGCAGUAUUCCAGAUACCCCAGCCAGCAGGGUGGGCCGUGGAAUGCGCCGUAUGCGUAUGCGGGCAUGACGCAGCAGCCAGUACAUCCACCUAAACCACCAGCACCCCAGCAGGGAUCGCCAGAGUAUUUGAAGAUGAGCCUAAACCAUUUGACUGCGACGCUGCUGCCCAAACUCGAGGCCGAGGAACAGGCGUAUUUCGAUGCAGUCGAUGCAUCUCUGGCGGUGACUGCAGAUACCCGCACUAUAGCACAAAAAGGGGCCGCGUUCCAGGCCGCCCUCAACGCCGUGUUGACGUACUUGGACGAAAACGGCCUCGCCAGCAUCCCGCUUCUUCCACCUACCUCGAGCAAAGAUUCCGACCCCGACCCGGCCUUAUCCACUUCCGACGCACCCCCAACAGACGCCCCACCCGAGCCAACCACAACCUCCUCCGAUUCCAACUCGGACACGCUCGCCACCGAACUCACCUCUCUCCAACAGCACGCCAAAGACCUCUUCUCGCGCCGGCAGCGGCUCAAAGAAUCCGCCUCGAUCGUGACCGGCAUCCUGGACGCCUAG